GCCUUAACUGAAAAAAUUGUGUCAGUAUUACCAAAAAUGAAGUGUCCUCAUCGUUUGGAACCACAUCAGAUCCAGGGACUGGAUUUCAUUCAUAUAUUUCCUGUUGUACAGUGGCUGGUGAAACGUGCAAUAGAAACAAAGGAAGAAAUGGGAGACUAUAUCCGUUCUUACUCUAUAUCACAGUUUCAAAAAACUCAUAGUCUACCAGAGGAUGAUGAAUUCAUGCAAAGAAAAGAGAAGGCUAUCAAAACAAUUACUGAUAUCUCUGAAGUUUACAAACCCCAGAGAAAAUAUAAACGUCAGAAGGGAGCUGAAGAACUGCUAGAUGAGGAAUCAAAGGUUCAUGCUACACUUCUGGAAUAUGGCAGGAGGUAUGGAUUUAGCAGACAAACAGGGAAAACGGAACAGGCUGAAGAUAAAAAAAUUGCGCUACCUCCAGGGCUUGCAGCAGCAGGAAAAGCUGGGCCUUGUGAUGAAGAUGACCUCCAGGCUGCUGAAGAGCUUCGCAUUAAAACUCUGAUGACUGGAAUGGCUGCAAUGGCAACAGAAGAGGGCAAGUUGACAGCAAGCACAGUUGGACAGAUUGUUGGACUCCAGUCAGAUGAGAUCAAGCAAAUAGUGUCAGAAUACGCUGAAAAGCAAUCUGAGCUUUCUGCUGAGGAGCGACCAGAAAGGCUUGGAGCAGCCCAACAACAUAGAAGGAAGGUGGCAUCUCUGAAUAAGCAGAUUUCACAUAAAACCAAACUCCUGGAAGAGUUGCAAGCUAAGUGUGCUGAUCUUCAGGCAAAAUGUACCGAAGCAAAAAAGACGUUAACUGAGGUUAAGAGUUACAGUGAAAAGCUGGACAAGGAAUUGGCAGCCUUAGAAACAAUAGAAUCCCAAGCAGAUUCUAGCGUAUUACAGAGUCUGCGAGGGCUGGUAGCCAUGAAUGAAAACCUAAAAAGCCAGGAGCAAGAGUUCAAAGCACAUUGUAGGGAAGAAAUGGAGAGGCUUCAACAAAAUAUUGAGAAUUUGAAAGCUGAGGCAGCGGAAAAUGGGGAGGAACAGGAGACGAAUAAAAUUCUAGAACAGCAGUACGAAAAUGAGAAAGAUAAACUUCAAAAGAUCCGGCUGUUAUUGGCACGAAGAAACAGAGAAAUAGCCAUUUUACAACGCAAGAUUGAUGAAGUACCCAGCCGAGCUGAGCUAACACAGUAUCAGAAGAGAUUUAUUGAACUUUACAGUCAGGUCUCAGCAACUCACAAAGAAACGAAGCAGUUCUUUACUCUUUAUAAUACACUGGAUGAUAAGAAAGUAUAUUUGGAAAAGGAGGUUAGCUUACUGAAUUCUAUUUAUGACAACUUUCAUCAAGCCAUGGCAUCUUCUGGUUCUCGUGAGCAGUUUUUACGGCAGAUGGAGCAGAUUGUAGAAGGCAUCAAACAGAAUCGAAUGAAGAUGGAAAAGAAGAAGCAAGAAAACAAAAUGCGAAGAGACCAGUUGAAUGAUGAAUACUUAGAGCUUCUAGAGAAACAGAGGCUUUACUUUAAAACAGUGAAAGAAUUUAAAGAGGUAAGAACAUUUUGCUAAUGUAAACUGGCAAGU